AUGGACAGAGUGGUUAUCUUGCAAGACCUGCUCGUACAAGCAUGCAAACUUCAAGCGGGUACCGAGGUGAAUAUUGCUUUGGGUCAUCCACAGCAACAACACUUCUUAGUGGCUGGAUACGGAGGGACACCUGUCGCACGAAGAGUUAUGACAACUUCGACUAUAGCAAGUCCCUCUAUCAUCCAACAGAAGCGCACUGCCCCACGGAUUGUGUCCUCUCCUUCCGGACAUGUGCGAUCGACAGGAACUCGACUUAGUGGUACCCCACAUUUGUUGAUGCAGCAACAUGGACAGCGUCAGUUAGCGUCAGUGACGUCAGCACCUCCGGUGCAGCGCCAGGUCGAUCCGCCUCCACAUCGUUCCUUUCACCAAGGAUCCGAUCCUCCUCCUCAUCGGGUCCUCCUGCUUCAAUCCAGUGGAGGUCCACGUGUUGCUUACUCUCCUGCCGAUCCUAGUCAAGCGGCUUUGGCUAAUGCUCCCGCGCCACUUAUUGUGCCUGGUCGUGGAACGAGACCCAUCGUUCGUGGAAGAGCAGGAAGUGCAGCAGGACGCGCCAAAAAAGAGAGCACAAGUGGGGUUUCUGGCGAAGAGACGUCACCAACACAUUCUCCUCAACCACCAUCUCAUCUACCUCUA